AUGGAUGCCGGUUCAACCAGUUCAGUCUCCUACCAUGUGUCCUGCGCCUCCGAUGCGGAUGAGUCAAAAUAUCUCAAGAGAGUCCAAUACCUUCGUUGGAUCCGGCUUGGGCUUGGAGUCAUUUUGUUCAGCAUUGCGGUCUCGAUCAUCGCCUGCGAGACAGUUCCAUAUAAGCAAUACCGGUCGACAUCAGCAUACGGGAGGGUCGGGUUAUAUCUUUGGCCCUUGAACUUCGACAUCCGUCCGACUGUCGCACUGCUGUCAUGCGGCUGUGUGAUUGCAUUUCUGAACUUGGCAUACACUAUCCUUGCCCUUAUUCCGUCUCCGCGCGCACAUAUAAAGCAAUUGAACCUCUUCGCCACAGCCAUUGCCAUUGCCGGGUUCCUUGUUGCACUGGCCGGACUUGUAUUUGCCAUCCAUUUACCGGGAUCGAAUCCCCCAAGUGGGUUCUCGAAAGUAGAAACCCUGCAUUCGUGGACCUGCAAGUGGAAAACGAUGCACGGCCAAUUGAGGACUAAUGUGGACGACACUGCUACACCACCACCCGGUCAUUUCGCUCGAGACUGUGGUCUCACCGGGGCAUCGUUUAUCCUCACAGGGCUGGUAGUUGGGUUGGAGAUUCUUAUGGGGGUUGCGGCCGGUGUUGGGGUUUGGUUUGAGCGUAGUGUUGCGAGGCAACGAGAACAGGAUGCGUCUCCGCUGAGAAAAGUGGAAGUCGCGCUGAAGUAUCCAGGGACCUGA